CGACUAGGAAACAAACAGUCUGUCACACACAAUCACACCGGUGAGGAGAAUGAAAUGAGAUCAGGUUUUUGACCCCUCCAUGGAAGAAGCCAGCGAUGAGAGGCUUUUACUCGAAGCUGGACUCCUCAUCUGUGGGCAUGGCUAUGCCCCUAAAUCUGGCUGUGGAGACGGAGAAAGCUCAGGCCCUUCUCCAGACCUUCAGCACUGCUUCUCUGUUAGCCAGCACAGGCCUAGGAGCCUUUUGUUUCCUCGCCGACCACUUUCUGACCCUGCCUUUCAUCCAACACCAACUGUGGCUCAGGGCUGUGCUGGAUAACACGGUCCACUGUGUCAUUGGACUCUGGUCCUGGGCAAUCGUGAUUGGGCUAAGGAAGAAAAGUGACUUCUAUGAAGUUGUCUUGGCUGGGUUCCUGUCCUCCAUCAUUGACCUGGAUCACUUCUACAUGGCUGGAUCAUUGUCUAUCAAAGCUGCAGUGAAUCUGCCCCACCGGCCUCCCCUGCACUGCUCCACCCUGAUCCCGGCACUGUGCUUCUCUCUGCGCAUCCUCAUGUGGGCGUGCCGGCUCAAAGACUCCUGGUGCUCUCUGCCCUGGAUGCUUUUCAUCUCGCUGGCCUCGCACCACAUCCGCGACGGAGUUCGUCACGGCCUCUGGGUCUGUCCGUUUGGAAACACAACGCCCAUCUCCUACUGGCUGUACGUCACCAUCACAGCCACUCUCCCUCACCUGUGCUCUGUGCUCAUGUAUCUGACUGGCACUAGAGACAUGAUCUCCACCAAACACGGAGUCGCCAUAGACGUCUGAUACACUCAAUUGUGGACAUUUGUUUUUUCUUCCCAGCAAAGUUUUUUGGAAACAUUUAAACUCUACUCUUCCUUGUCUAAAAUACCAUAUAACUAGCUUGUCAGGAAUAAGUCUGAAAUCAGGUUGUAUUGACUCUAACUGUGAAUAUGUAAUUUAUCAUAUGUACUACGGUGUAUAUUAAAGCUGGGCGAUAUAGCAAAAUAGCUAUUUGAACGAUUCUCACGAAACCCAUCAAGAAAAUGUCCAGGUCAUAUUUUUUUAUUAUAUGAUCAUAGUAGUUUAUUUUCGAAACAAUCCUCAUGACCCUAAUGUGUCUGGAUGUUUUAAAUGAGGAUUCUCAUUACUGCAACAUGGUCAUCUUAUACUGUUUUGCAGUAAAAAAAAGAUGCUGUUGUACAAUGAUUUUUAAAAUGAAAAUAAGCAAAAUGAAGCAGUACAACUGUGAUGAUGGAAUACUUAACAACUUAAAAUAUAACAAAAACUAAAAUAUAAAAUAAUGUUGUGGUUAUGAGGGUAUCGUAAUGACUUCUGCAUUUUUUCUCACAUAAUGCAAAUUGGUGGGUAAAAUGUGCACAACAAUCAUGAAAAUAUCACAUUGUACAAAAACCUUAAUGGCCCUAAAAAAAAUAAAAAGCUUCAUUUUCCAUAUGCAAAAUAAUUAUUAUUCGUUUCUUUUGAUUUUGUAGAAAAAUAGGAUCGGGACAUUAUCUUGAUGUGUUUCAUAAGAAUCAUAAAUAUAGCUCAGAAUAUAUAUAUAUUUUCAGCAUUUUUUCUUGAUAUUUGCUAUGAAAUUGUUAUUUUUUUUUUUCAGUUAGAUGUUAGAAAACUGUCAUUGUUGGCAAUUAAAAUAAAAAUAUUUAACGUCAAAAAUAGUGUAACAUUUAUGAGGCUUUCCACUGCAAGGUUCAACUCUGCUCACUUUUUGGGGGUUUUCCACUGUGGAUAGUACCUGCUACCUGAUACUUUUUUUUUUUUAGUACCACCUUGGUCGAGGUUACAAGCGAGCCGAUACUAAAUGUGACGGCAAAAUCCUGCAGAUCACUGAUUGGUCAGGGAGAAUCGUCACUACCACCGUCACUGGAUUUCCAACACGCAACAUCAACCCGCUAGUUUUAGUUAGCAACAGCGAUAGCAGUAUCAUUUGUUCAAGCGACUUUCGAAUUGUGAAAAAAGAAAUGGCUGUGCGCUACACGAGGUGCAGACGUUCCUCUCGUUAGUGACAGAUGAAAUGAAAAAGUCUCUCAGGAAGUGUCUCAGCUGUUGGCCGCACACGGUUACCACCGGUGUAGGGAAAAGUAAAAAAAACAUAAAAAUGGAAGUGGUUCGAUCAAAUGGAUGCUAAAUCGGCGAGCAAUGGGAGGGAGAGUGCCCUGGACUGGCGUUGAUCCACGAUGGAGGAUGGUAUGUUUUGUUACAUUAACUCUAUACUCUGCUUGAAAUCUACACUUUAUAUAGUUGACCAGCUACUGGAAGCUUGCUUCUAAAACAACCAGGCCAAUUUAACUGUUACACUUGUGUAAAAUCACCAUGCAACAACUGCUUUAUGCAGCACAAUGAGCUAGUAGCUAACAGCUAGCAGUCGUGUUAUGUUUUGGUCAGUUUGUGUCAUGUUUAAAAUGAUGUCACGGCAGUAGAGGUGGUGCAACUAUGAUGAUCAGCCUAUAAUCCCAACCACUUUGAGGUGGCACUAAACUGCAGUGGAAAUGCAAACUCAGAAAAGUAAAGCGAGUAGAGUUGAGGCGAGUCGAACCAUAACAUGCAGUGGAAAAGUGCCAUAAUAACCAGGCAAUUUUCCAAAAUGUUUUUCGCAAAAUGCACAUAAGGAAGAAUUAGAUUUCAUCUUUUUCAUUUAAAUGCACCAAUAUAACCAUACAAACUAAUAAACAGCUGCAUACAACAAUGCAGUAAUAUGCAUGAUAUGCUGAUGAUCAUCCACGUGCCGCCAAGCCAUGACUCUACAAGACCCCUGAAGGUGUCCUGUGGUAUCUGGCACCAAGACAUUAGCAGCAGAUCCUUCAAGUCCUGUAAAUUGUGAGGUGGAGCCACCUUGGAUUAGACUUGUUGGUCCAGCACAUCCCACAGAUGCUCAAUCGGAUUGAGAUUUGGAGGCCAGGGCAACACCGUGAACUCUUCAUCAUGCUCCUCAAAUCAUUCCAAGACAAUGUGUGGCAGGGUACAUUAUCCUACUGAAAGAGGUCACUGCCAUGAAGGGGUGUACCUGGCCUGCAACAAUGUUUAGGUAGGUGGCACGUGUCAAAUUGACGUCCACAUGAAUGGACAGACCCAGGGUUUCCCAGAAGAACAUUGCCCAGAAUAUCACACUCCCUCUACCAGCUAUUUGUCUUCACAAAGUGCAUCCUGGUGCUAUCACUUCCCCAGGUAAACGGUGCACAUGUACAUGGCCGUUCACAUCAUGUAAAAGAAUGCAGGAUUUAUCAGACCAGGCGACCUUCCACUGCUCCAAGUUCCAGUUCCGACCCUUGUGUGCCCAUUGUUGCCUCGAUGCUUUUGACGGUGGACAGGGGUCAUCAUAUGCACUGUGUGUUGUGACACAUUCCUCCCAUAACCAUCAUUAAAAUUUUAUGUGACUUGUGUCUGUAGUUUCGGACCAGACUGGAUAGCCUUUCGUUGCCCUUGCGCAUCGAUGAGCUUUGGGCGCCCAACACUCUGUCGCUUACUUUGUCUCUCCUCAAACCACUGCUGACCAGGCGCACCCCACAAGCCUUGCCGUUUCAGAGAUGGUCUGACCCAGUCAUCUGGCCAUUUUCAAAAAGUGCUUUGAAAUCAUUGCGAAAUUCACAUUGCUUAAUUUUACAUGGCCACCAAAAUCUUAGAGAAUGUUCUGUAUCGCCCAGCCCUAGUGUAGAUGGUCAGGAAUCACCCUUCAUAUUCAUCAAUGUGUUGUCAUAUUUAGCUUGGUAGUAUACGCUUGUCUACUCAAAUCAUGGCAUUUUAUUGCAUAGAAACCAUGUUAGAUUUAUACUAUGAUGUGUCAUGAUGUCCACGAAUAGAAAUGCAGAAUGGAUGGAUAUUGAUGGCUUUUGUGCUUGUGAGAGGUGAUGCUGUAUUGUAUAUCUGCAGUAUAAAAUCAAUGUGCACUUGAAGGAUGUUGUUCUCACAUUGGUGUCGUGGUGUUUUUAUAGGCAGCAGAAGAAAACUAGUUGUUCUCCAUAGAAAAGUCCUUUUGGAUUCAUAUUACAUUUUACAACACAAAGCUACUUUUUAAUGUCACACUACUAAAGGUUUCUGCUGCUUUUUUAGCUGCAAGCUUUGGAAUAAUUGAAUGUAUGAAUUAACCAUUUAUCUUUUAUUUAUGAACCACUUAGUAGAACUUUAAAAUGGACAAAUUACACUUCUCUUAAAUGUCUUUGUAUACACACUGCAGUAUAACAGCUCAUCAUACUUUUUGCUCUUGACAGCAUAUAAAGCAACCAAGGGUUAUUUGUAUUUGUUUAUUUUCCUUUACCUUUAUUCUGUUGUGUUGUGUGCCGUCACAAUUAGUCUAAUACUUUAAGGGAAACUGAUUAUACUGGGACAGUAAGUACAAGCCAUGCGGCUUGAAAGCAGCCCAUAAACUCUUUUAAAAGACUGCAGUGUGGCUACAGUUCAUGGAACAAAUGUUUUUUUUAAGGUUGAAUCAAAUCUGACAUUGUUAAAUAUUAGUUUUUACAGUACAUGCAUAGUAAUGUGUGGGUGUUAUAUAUAUAUAUGUAUUUUCAACAGUUGUUGUUGGGUCUGUAGUAUUAGACAAGCUUAAUUUAUUAAACAUGAUCAUGAAGCACAUUAUAUAGCACCAUCAAAUGGGCAAUAUUGGCUCCAAAAACAGUGGAGACUUGUCUGAAUGGCUGUAGAUGCACAAAAUGUGCUUAUGUUGAUUAGUAUGCAUUUAUUCACCUUAAAGGUUUUUUUGGUUCCAUAAAGAAAGAGUCUACUUGGUCUGAAAGGUUAAUGCUUCAAUUAGUUGUCAUUACCUUUUCAGACCUGCAGGGGGAGCAGUAGACCACAGCUGAUGUUUUCUUUUUAUACAGUAAAUUUUCAUAUAUAUAUAUUGUUAACUGUGUAAUUGGUGUUCAUAUUUAUUUAUUAUGCUUUUUUCUCAUUCUAAUUUAAAAUUGUCAAUAUGUUAACGAUGCAUUGUCAUGAGUUUUUUUUAUUUCUGAAAAUUGUCUCCAAUUACAUUAAAGUGCAU